AUGUACUCUAUUUACCUUAUCAUUUGUUUAUUCUCAUACACAACUGCCAUCAAUCUAAAUUAUUUAGACCCAGUGGUAUUGCAAACAAAAACAUCACCCAACAUACAAAAGAAGGCUGCGGAAGCAAUAAUUCAAAAAUAUUUAAAUAAUGUGAACGUGAUUAUAAGUCCAGUUCUCUUCGUUCAUAAUAAGGACGUGUUCGUACUUCGGACUGUUAAUGGACAACUUCAAAUAAAGGCCAGUACCGGAGUAGCUGCCGUAUGGGGUUUCAAUUACUACUUGAAGAAAUACUGCAAGAGCCAAAUAGCAUGGCAAGUACAGAAUGUUCAAAUUCCAGAUCCUCUCCCCGAAGUGGAUGAAACGGUUGUCGCUAACGACCGAUUCAGAUAUUAUCAGAACGUAUGUACAGCAUCGUACAGUUUUGUUUGGUGGAAAUCCGAAUGGUCCACACACGUGGAAUGGAUGGCGUUGAACGGAAUCAACCUAGCAUUGGCACCGAUCGCCCAGGAAGCGGCCUGGUCUAGCAUUUACAAAGCAAUAGGAAUGACUGAUGACGAAAUCAAUGAACACUUCACUGGACCAGCGUUCCUGUCCUGGCUGAGAAUGGGCAACGUCCACGGUUGGGGUGGUCCAUUAUUCAAAUCCUGGCACAACGUUCAAAAGAUGAGUCAGGAUUUAGUGGUUAGUCAAAUGCAAAGUCUUGGCAUGAUACCGAUACUUCCAGCAUUCAACGGACACGUCCCACGGGCGUUUAGUCGAAUAUAUCCAAACUCCACAUUCUACUCAGUAAACACGUGGAAUAAAUUCAACGAUGACUACUGUUGCAACUUAUUCCUUAGCCCAUUUGAUCCAGUCUUCAAAAGUAUUGGAAAAAUGUAUCUAAGGAAGGUUACCGAGGAAUUGGGUACGGGUAAUAUAUACUCAGCCGACCCCUUCAACGAGAUCAAGAUUGAACCCUGGUCUACAAUAUUAGUGCAGCAGACUGCGAAGGCUAUUUAUAACACUCUAAUAGAACAGGACGAGAAUGCUGUUUGGAUGAUACAGAAUUGGAUGUUCGUACAUAAUCCGCUAUUAUGGCCAGUUGAUAGAGUCAAGGCUUUCCUUACAUCAGUGCCAAAUGGAAGAAUGUUGGUGCUGGACCUACAGUCGGAGCAGUGGCCACAAUAUGAUUUAUACAAAAUGUAUUAUGGUCAACCAUUUAUUUGGUGCAUGUUGCACAAUUUUGGAGGCACCCUUGGCAUGUUUGGUAACAUUCAGACAAUAAAUAAAGACGUUUACGAAGUCAGGAAAAGGAUUAACAGCACUAUGAUAGGAAUGGGACUAACGCCAGAAGGGAUUAACCAAAACUAUGUCGUGUACGACUUAAUGUUAGAGACAGCUUGGCGCGAAUCACCUAUCAAUGAUUUGAAUCAAUGGGUUGCAGAUUACGCAGAAAGAAGAUAUGCCUGCAACACAACUGCUACCGCCUGGAGAUAUUUGUUUAAAAGUGUUUACAAUUUCGAUGGUUUAAACAAAAUAAGGGGAAAGUACGUGAUAACACGUCGACCGAGUUUUAAAAUACGCCCCUGGGCUUGGUAUAAAAGCAAAGAUCUUCUCUAUGCUUUAAAGAACUUGGUCCUUACAAAUAACGAUAACUGUCAAGGGGGCUUCGACCACGACCUGGUAGAUGUGGCCCGUCAACUUUUACAAUACAGAAUAGAUCAACUCUACCUAAAUGUAGUAAAUGACCGAUACACCAAUUCCUGGACAUUUAAUUCAUCGAUUACCCGAUUCUUGGACGCUAUGAAAGACAUGGGGGAUGUUUUAGCAACGCAAAAAGAUUUUUCAUUGCUAAACUGGCUACAGAGCGCAAAAAGUUUAGCAGAUAAUGACGGGGAGUCGUAUUUGUACGAUGUGAAUGCCAGAAAUCAGAUUACACUAUGGGGUCCAAACGGUGAGAUAUCAGAUUACGCAUGUAAACAAUGGGCAGAAAUGGUUUAUUACUACUAUAGACCCCGAUGGGCAAUGUUUUUGGAAAUUGCGUUUGAUGCCAAGCUUCGAAACGAGACGUUUGACGAGAAAAGCGCACAGCGAGCUGUUAGGUCCUCUGUGGAAGAGCCAUUCCUUCGAUUAAAUAUAGCGAGUCCGUCGUCAAACAAUCCGCGUGUAACAGCGCUGAACGUUUAUGAGAAAUGGGGAUAUGUGUCAGAUGUAGAAGAUCUUCCUAUGAACGUAAUAAAGCGAGACCCAGAGAGAAGAACCACGUUAGCUGAUAUUGAUGAUGAAGAUGAUGCUAUGGACUACACGCCGUCUGUUGUUAUGUGGCAUUCUACUACACAAAUGAAUUAA